AUGUUGAGGUUUUGUUUAAUACUUGUACUGGUUAUAUAUAAAGUUAAAUCUCAAUAUACUACUUGUGAAAAUGUUAAUUCUACUAAUCUGGAUUUACCGAAGCUGGAUGGGAGAUGGUAUUUUGCCGCAGUGGCCACAAACUUUAACAAGCAAGCCGACUGUGCCAUGGUUGAUUUCAACCAUAAAAACAAUAACACAACCGAUAUUUCUAUCACUUGGGUGGUCAACAACACUGCUAGUUUCCAUAAUGGAUCUGUUUUUCUUACUGAUAAAAGUAACGGCGGUGACUUACUUUCAGUUAAUUAUAAAGAUAAUAGUACAGUUAAAUAUUCCGUAUUGGGCGUGGACUAUGAGCACUACAUUGCUCUAUAUGCAUGUUCUGAUAACUCUGGCAACAUUACCUAUGAACUAUGGAAGCUUACGCGCUCUCUACAUCUGAAGGAAACUGAUGCAAUAAAAUUAGACCAGACUGUAAGAAAAUAUAAUCUACAAAACACAACGUUUGUGUUCUUCAUAAAUUCUGAAGACUCUUGUAAAAUCAACGCUGCGAAUCAUUUAAAUUCCGCCACCUUGGUUAUGUCGUCGGCUGCUUCUAUCGCUUUACUUCGAAGAUUUUUU